AUGGCUCGUUUGUUCCAGCUGCAGGAGAACUGUCUGCUUCUAAUGGGCCACAACAUGAAGAGUUUCGGCGAGCGGAGCUCCCUUCAUCCGCUUGGCCUCCGGCACAUUGUGUCACUAGUAUUUGUGCUGUCCGCCGAGUAUCCAAUGCUGUCGUAUGUCGUCUAUAAUCGGGAUGACAUGGAGCUGAUUACGGCCUGUCUGAGCGUCGCCUUCACCAACUUGGUGACUGUUACCAAGAUAUGGACGUUUCUCGCGUACAAAGAAAGCUUCUGGCAAAUGAUGCACAGCUUCAGGCAACUUGACACAAAAUGUAAAUCAUAUUCAUACUAUGCAGCAAAGUACGAAGGCUAUGGGUAUGUGGAGCAUGGUAACAAGCUGGCCACGUUGCUGGGCCGUGCGUAUAGCAUCUCCUGUGGUUUUACUGGACUCUACUUCAUGCUUGGACCCAUCAUCAAGAUUGUCACCAACAGCUGGCGGGGCGUGCCCUAUGAAAGGGAGCUCCCCAUGCCCAUGAAAUUCCCUUUCAAUGAUGUCGAGAGUCCUGGGUACGAGUUUGGCUUUGUUUAUACUCUGUUCGUAACUAUCUUUGUGGUGCUCUAUGCCUCAGCUGUGGAUGGACUGUUCAUAUCGUUUGCGAUUAAUUUGCGUGCCCAUUUCCAGGCGCUGCAACAGGAUAUUCACCUGUUGGCCUUUGGCCAGGAGGAACAGCUGGUAGACAAGCAGCUGGCCGAUGUGGUCGAGUACCAUGUGCAGCUUCUUAGCUUGUCCAGGCAACUUCGCCACAUCUACACGCCCAUCGUGUUUGGGCAGUUCUUCAUUACCUCGCUGGAAGUGGGUGUCAUAAUCUAUCAGAUCGUGACGCACCUGGAUUCGAUUAUGGCGCUCCUUGUGUAUUUUUCUUUCUUUUGCUCCAUAAUGCUGCAACUGUUCAUAUACUGUUAUGGUGGGGAGAUUAUUAAAGUUGAGAGCCUACGAGUUGGGGUGGCUAUCCAGACAUCCACUUGGUAUUUGGCAUCAAAUAAGCAAAGACGUUGCUUGAUUUUCAUUAUGAAUCGCUCCCAGCGCGAGGUGCUAAUCAAGGCGGGCUUCUACGAGGCUUCCUUGGCCAACUUUCUAGCGAUUCUGCGUGCUGCAAUGUCGUUUAUAACGCUCAUUCAAUCUAUAGAGUAAAGUGCAGGAAGG